AUGUAUUGCGGUGAUAAUGUUCAUCAUGAAACGGAGAAUGUCAAUGUAACCAUUGAACCGAAUGGUGGCGAAUAUUUCGCUGAUAUUAAAAAAUUUACGGUAUCAUCAAAUUCGUUUCAAGAUAAUCAAAAGUCGAUUUAUAAAAUCGUUGCAACGAAAUCCGAUGGUACAAAAUUAGAAGUUCGACAACCGUUUGACGAUGUACCUGGUAGUGCACCAAAAAACUGGCUAUUCGAGAUUCGCGAUAAGGAAAUUAAAUCGAUCGAUCCAAAAAAAUCAGGCCAAUAG